GGGUGAGCGUACGAGUGUGCGUGUGUGUGAGAGAGGGAGAGAGCACAGCGAGCCGAGAGAGACUCUCAGAACAAACCGGACUAGUUGGCGUGUCUCGGAACUUGGAACUUUUCCUACACUACUACUCAACUUUUCUUGUUUACGUCACAACCGACGGACCUUCAGUAAGGAUAGAACCUACAGGAACAAACCCACAGGCUGCAAGUACUAUAACAACGUCCCCAAUGGAAAUCUUCUUCCAUGCCAGCUAAGAACACUCGGUUUGAGACUAUUCACGAAGGCAAAGAUUUGGCUUUUGACUGCAAAGCACAGGGAAGGCCAAAGCCCAGUGUCACCUGGUUAAAAGAUGGUAACCCUCUCAUGGCAGAUGAUCGGACAGAGAUAAAGAAAGCCGGUGUUCUCAAGCUGAAAUCAGUGACGACCCAAAACAGUGGCAACUACACAUGCAUGGUGUCCAACAACCACGGUCAGCUAGAGUGGACAUUCCACCUUGAUGUGCAAGGUGAAGUGAAGAUAUGGCCUUUGGUUGUGGAAGGGCCCAACAACAUCACCCAGAUGGUGGGCUCUAGUGUGGCCUUCAGGUGUCGUGUACUCAAUGACCCCACGGCAACCAUCAGGUGGCAGCGGGUUGGACUCAAAACCGGAGAUGAUGAUGCUCAACCAGAGUUUAUGCCGGAUGGGGAUGACCCACAAGUGCUGGCCCUACAGAAUAUCCAGAAGGAGGACGAAGGAGAGUACAGAUGUAUGGCUGGAAAUGUUUGGGGUCUCAAACACAGCAAAGCCUGGCUGCAUGUCAUUGAGCCUGUGCUCAUUCCAGACAUGACGGGAACGGAUAGGAACCCAAACCUGUAUAACCCUGUUGACUCUGAUCCACCAGAGCGUGGUACUUAUGAUUUUGGUCCAGACCUUUUCUUCACAACUACAAGACGCCCACGGAACCGCAACAAGGGACGCAAAAAUGGACGCAGGAAGAACAAGAACAAGCAUUUGGACAUUUCAGUUGACAAGGGAAAGGACAAACCAGAUGACGUUUUCAGUUUUCAACCCACAACGAAACCAACUACCACAGUUGCAACAACAACAGUGACACCAGAGGUGACUGAGAGGACACAGCCAGUGACAAAUAGACCAGAUAUCUGGGAGUUUGAGGAUAGAAAUAACUAUUACGAUGGAGUGCCUGACUCGAGAUACUAUCCUGCCAAAGACAAAGAUGAUGAUGAGAUGGACGUAGUUACAGGAAGAUCGGAACAAGAUAAGACACCCAAGGGCACAAUCAGCUCCUGGACAAUUUACACAAUUGUUGGUGCUGUUGGGGGCGUGGUACUUUUGGUUGGAUUGAUUGCAAUUACUCUGACCCUCUGCUGUAAGAAAGAAGAAGGGGGUGUGUACAAGUCAACACCGGUUUAAAUGAGUUUACUGUUUCAUGGUUUAAAAGGGAAUGCCUGUGUUUUGCUACAAAUGUAUGUUAUGAUGGGAGAGAAUGUUGUUAGAAAGAGAGAGAUUUGGUGGGUGAGGGAGAAGAGAGAGAGAGAAAGUAAGAGAAGGACAGAAGGGGGGAGGGAGAGAAAAA